AUGUGUCCCGGUGUCUGUGUAUUAGGAGGAGGUGAGAGGGAUGUGUCCUGGUGUCUGUGUAUUAGGAGGGAGGUGAGAGGGAUGUUUCCCCGGUGUUCGUGUAUUAGGAGGAGGUGAGAGGGAUGUGUCCCGUGUCUGUGGGUAUUAGGAGGGAGGUGAGAGGGAUGUGUCCCGUGUCUGUAUUAGGAGGAGGUGAGAGGGAUGUGUCCCGGUGUCUGUGUAUUAGGAGGAGGUGAGAGGGAUGUGUCCCGGUGUCUGUGUAUUAGGAGGAGGUGAGAGGGAUGUGUCCCGGUGUCUGUAUAUUAGGAGGAGGUGAGAGGGAUGUGUCCCGGUGUCUGUGUAUUAGGAGGAGGUGAGAGGGAUGUGUCCCGGUGUCUGUAUAUUAGGAGGAGGUGAGAGGGAUGUGUCCCGGUGUCUGUAUAUUAGGAGGAGGUGAGAGGGAUGUGUCCCGGUGUCUGUAUAUUAGGAGGAGGUGAGAGGGAUGUGUCCCGGUGUCUGUGUAUUAGGAGGAGUGAGAGGGAUGUGUCCGGUGUCUGUGUAUUAGGGGGAGGUGAGAGGGAUGUGUCCCGGUGUCUGUGUAUUAGGAGGAGGUGAGAGGGAUGUUUCCCGGUGUCUGUGUAUUAGGAGGAGGUGAGAGGGAUGUGUCCCGGUGUCUGUGUAUUAGGAGGAGGUGAGAGGGAUGUGUCCCGGUGUCUGUGUAUUAGGAGGAGGUGAGAGGGAUGUGUCCCGGUGUCUGUGUAUUAGGAGGAGGUGAGAGGGAUGUGUCCCGGUGUCUGUGUAUUAGGAGGAGGUGAGAGGGAUGUGUCCCGGUGUCUGUGUAUUAGGAGGAGGUGAGAGGGAUGUGUCCCGGUGUCUGUGUAUUAGUAGGUGAGUGGAAUGUGCGUUGUAUGAUAUAUUCUGUUUAACAGGAGUUUGCUCAGUUGUAUUCCUAGGUACCUGACAUUUUACAUUUCUAUGGUGCUAUUAUUCUGUUUAUGAGUAGAAUAUACUAUAUCUCCAAACCCAGCAGGAUUCCUAUAACAUUGGUUGAUAAAGUGCUCUGUACAUUGAGUCUGGAUGGAAGUGUCCUUUUGGUUUUGACUAUAAAUCAUCAGUGUCUCCAGAUACAGUUCCAAAGAUAUAAACCAUGCAUUGAUAUGGAUCGACUCUGUGCCAUAACUCCAUUCUCUGUGUUUACUUAAACAUACGAGGAAGUUUAUUUUUCAUAGCAAUUUCCUGUGUCUCUUAAAUGAUUGCAGACUUCAGCAAGAGUGACAUUGUGUUUUAGGUUUAUUUCCCACCAAAGAACCUGCUGUUUGCAGUUAUUUUGGGAAUUCGAGCAGAAAUGCUCUGGUCAGCCCCAUUAGCGUAGCGUGCAAAAAAAGGAUACUUUUAAAGGGACGCUAACUGUAAUCCCCAUAGCCAAAUAUACUGAUUGACUACAUAAUGGAGCAAUAAACUCCUGUGUCCCGGCAUCCUGCUAAUUAAGGUCCCCCUUCACCCCCUGUUUGGUAUGUGCUGUACACAUUCCAGUAACACAUACGGGUUCUUUUGUAGCUCUCAACAAGCUUUCUAUGAGAGAGCCUGCCUGGAGCUUCAUGUAAACACGACCACAAAUAUAUAUAACUUGAAAGUAAUAUAAUUGUUAUUAUUGUACAGCGAUGAUGGCGCUAAAUAAAAAAAAAUAAUAAUAAUUAUUGUAACAGGCCAAUCGUGGUUACAAACUGUGCACUGCAUGGAUGCUGACAUCAUCUGUUUAAUAAGCGGAUAAUAAUUCACAGACCAUCUCUUUACAGUCUGAGGGUCCUAAUCUCGGGCAGAACCAAGACGAGCAUGUUCAGAGUUGUCUGAGAUUAGUAGGAGUAAGACUUGCAGGUGUUGGAUUUUAAUCACGGCAGAUGAAAUAGCUGCUACCCAGGAAUGUAACUCUCACUAAUCUCAGACAGCAAUGGAACAUGUAUGGGAAGACGGUGAAUGGUGAAGUAUGUAUUUGGUCAAAUGAAUGGUAUCUCUGGAUUUUGGAGACUUCUAUUGAUCUCGUGGUAUAUAAUGAUGCUUCCAUAACCCCUAUGUGGCAUUAUUUCACCGCUUUCCAGUCCCCCUUCUUUGCACAUCCCGCAUCACAUCCUACUCUUGCUAGAUUCGGUUUCCCUCUUGUUGCUAGGUCACCUGUCAUUUGGGGUUCUUAUGUGAAUAUUCUCUACCUACUGGUUAAUCCAAGAACCGUCAGCUUGCAUGUUCACUUUGUUUUACUCUCAUCUGAUUCAUUUAUAUUUUCUUUACUGUCUCACACAGGAAGAGGCAGAACAACUGUACAAAACCUGCAAGCGUUAUGAUCUACUAAAUCGAUUCUACCAAGCUUGGGGCAAGUGGCAGAAGGCCAUCGAAACAGCAGAGAGUCACGACCGAGUCCACUUGCGCACCACCUAUUAUAACUAUGCCAAACACCUGGAGGCCAUAGGAGACCGGGGCGGAUCACUUGGCUAGUAAGCAGCUGCUAAAUUAUAAGUAAUCACAGCAGGUUCUCAGCUGCAAGGAUAGAGUACGGUUCAAUCUGGGGAUUUUAUUUAUAGAAUCUUAUAGACAGUGAAUAGGUUCAGCAGGGUAACAUCCUGUAUCAUCUAGCGAUCCAACUCCUAUAUAGAAAACUAUGGCACAGUGAAGUGUGUAGUUAUUUGGGUGCCGUCCUCCAGGGUUCUUCUAGCACCUAAACCUCUUCCUCUCUGCUGACACUACGAUAAUGCUGAAAUGUGAUCCAUUAUCUUUUUAAAUUUGGAAUCAAAGACGGCAAUGAAAAUGAACAGGAUGGAAUCACAGACAUAAACCACAAUCCAUAUUAAGAGCACACACUCCCAUUCACAGGUAAUUUCGAGAAAAGGCCGGGCACAAACCUUUAAGAGGAACAAACCAAAAGACAACAUUUUGACUCCAAAAAGUGUCUUGCCAAAGACUCUGGAGUGGAUUUGAAAUGUUGUCUUUUGGUUUGUUCCUAUUGAAGGCCGCUUUAAUCCACGGCUUGUGUGCCCAGACUUUUAUUGAAAGACUGUGAUAGGCUGGAUGGCUGUUCAGCCCAGCUGUGGCAUCCAAUCAUUAUCUUCCAUAUUUUGAUGGCUAACACAGAAGUAAAACGUCUGCAUUAUCUCAGACGAGCCAGGCUUUGGCCACCGAAAGAAAUCUACUUUGUGCAGUAAGAUCUGAAAGAACUGCACUCAAAGACUUAUUGCACCAUAAGCAUUUUAAUGAGCUGUAGUGGUUAUGGUGCAGCCAAUCACUGUCCUCUAAUUCUGAUUCUUCCAUAGAAACCACUUUAUAACAUUACCUGGGUAUCUUAAGGUUUUCUGGCAUUGUAUGUUGAUGUUAACCAUCCGUGUGUGAUUGUAAAUGUCAUAUCGGGCUUUAUAAAUAUGUCAUUUAAUAUUUAUGUCUCAAAGAAAUACUUUUUUUGUCACUUCUGUGUCAAAGCGAAAGACAUGUCUAGCUAAGUAUUUGGUGUAUUUAGAUCUGUCUAAAAUAAGAGACCAUUGCGAAGGAUGUGACCAGAAAUCACAGCACUGUUUGUAUUUAUCUCUAAACCCUACUAUCCCUGUGUUCUUCUGGAAAUAUUAAUAUUUCAUUAAAUGUUCUCCAGAUCUCAAAUUUGUAAAAUGAGUUCAACUUCCGUGGGGUCAUAAUCUCCAUUCACGGAAUCUUUCUCUUUCUGCACAGCUAUGAGAGGUCCGACACUCACCGGUUUGAGAUUCCAAGAAUGCUUCAGGAGGAUCCUCAGGAAUUGCAGAACUAUAUCAACAAGAAGAAAGACAAGUGAGAAGGCUUAUUUCUCCUCCUUGUAUGUGAUCACUGCUGCUUAGAUCGAAGUCAAUCAGAAAUGACAGGGCGACAUUUUCGAUAGACUUUAAAAUCUAAUCUGAAAAUCAUAAAAUGAUGUGUGUAGGUAGACAUUAAUUCUGUGUUGAAAAUUCAGGUUUAGAACUCCAUGUUGUUGGAACGACCAUUUUCUCUGUGUUAAGAUGUCUGAAGAUGGCUUGUCCAAUGUAGCUUCUUCUUUGGUUCCCUCUGCAGGAGUCUCUGGAAAUGGUGGGCACAAUAUUUAGAGAGUCAGUCAGAUCUGGACACAGCAUUAAAAUACUAUGAGAUGUCACAAGAUUACCUGUCACUGGUCCGAGUGCACUGCUACCUAAAGAACAUUGAAAAGGUGAAUACCUCCUGUAUUGGGUUGUAGAUUAUCACAGUUUAUAUGUUUUGGUAAUAUUUGCUUCAUUUUACUUUCUUCCUAUUUCAUUGUGAUUCUGUCUUAUAUCGAUUAAAGCUGUUGGGGGAAUUUUGACAGAAUAUGAGUCUUCUUUUUGGAGAAAAGCGAGAUGGGCAUCCCUAAUGACUCAUACUCAUGUUUCUUGAUGUUUUGGCUUUCUAGGCAUCAGAAAUAGCCAACGAGACCGGAAACUUGGCUGCAUCUUACCACCUGGCAAGGAAGUAUGAGAGCCAAGGGGAUAUGAAGCAGGCAGUGCACUUUUACACCAGGGCCCAGGCAUACAACAAUGCCAUUAGGCUUUGCAAGGUAUGUAACCCGGGUGCUGCCAAGCGCUUUGCAUUUGGUCUGGUUAUGGCAUUUAUAAUUCCUCUGACAAUUUUCACAUUUUUAAUUAGUUGUAUUAUGCCAAGAUCUGGCUACUGCAUAAUGACUGAUCUUCACCAUGAACUAAACAGUUAAACAUGGUUCUUUUUAUCUAGGAAAACAACAUGGAUGACCAUCUGAUGAAUCUGGCCUUGCUCAGCACUCCAGAGGACAUGAUGGAUGCAGCUUGCUACUAUGAGGAGAAGGGAGAGCAGAUGGAUAGGGCAGUAAUGCUUUACCAGAAGGUCAGUAGACAAUACAUUAAUAAAUGUGGAUAGACUAAGAAAACAAAGUGUAGGAGACACUUACCGACAAUAGACCAAAAGCUUGGUAGAGUGAUGUAUGGUUGAGUCUCACUCAGGUCUCAAACGUGGUUCACCUCAACUAUGCCAUUACAUAGGGAACCAAUAGUGUUAGUAGGACUCAAUAUUUCCACUCUUAACAAGCCAUUGAUGAGUGAGAACUCUGGUGAGUUGCAUUGGUGAGUAACUUAUAAAGCCUUGCUAGGAGCAUUUUAUGUUCUGCUAUUAGCAUAUCACACUUAUCCCACCCCCACAAGUUUCUACAUGAGAGAUUCUGCCACCUCAGAAUAUUGUCUGCGAGUGAUGUUCAUCUAUCUGUGGAUAGAUUGGUCUAGAUUCUGGAAUUCUUGUAGAUCCCUUGGGGAUAUAUUACCCACUGCAAGGUCUUACUAUAUAAAUGUUUCAAAUCUGUAGAUUAAAUUGAGUAAUUAUUUUCAGAUGGAGGAAUUUUUCCCAGACCAGCGGGAGUCUUUGCAUUCUUCUGUCCAGCCAUUAAGUUUAAAAAAAAGUUUCUAAUACUUUAACACUUUGUUUUUUAAAACAGCUGGUGACUUAUGGUUGUUGAAGUGUUAACUACAAAUGUAGGUUAAUAAUCACAAUAAAAUACAAAUAUAAAGGAAUGUAGAAAUGUACAUUUAAGUUGGGAGAUUGUUUCAUGAUACAAAGGCAGUCAUGCGGCUGUGAGCUCAAUCAAAAGUAACGUUUGCACAGGCUGUAGUAUGCUAUAGAGCAGUGCUGGCUUCCUAUAAACGUCCAUGUGUUUUGGCCACUUGGCUGGCUGGAGAAGCUGUCAAGGCUAUUAUCUGUGGAGGCAAUGUCAUUAAAUGAUCCUCAUGUUAUUUUUUCUCUCAGGCUGGCCACCUUUCCAAGGCUCUCGAGUUGGCAUUUGCAACAGAGCAGUUUGGGGCUCUGCAGUUGAUUGCCGAUGACCUGGAUGAGAAGUCUGACCCGGCACUGCUCGCUCGCUGCUCAGAUUUUUUCAUUGAGCACAGACAGUUCGAGAAGGCAGUGGAAUUGCUCUUGGCAGCUAAAAAGGUAGAGUUCUGGUCUAUAAAGGGUAUAGUAAUGUUGAUUGUAUCAAUGUCUUCCUCUGUUCUCCUCAUUGGCUUUAAAAUUUGCUUUGUAGUACAAUGAUGCUCUUCAGCUGUGCCUGGAGCAGAACUUGGUCAUCACGGAAGACAUGGCUGAAAAGAUGACCGUGUCGAAGGACUCCAAAGAGCUGAGUGAAGAGGCUCGAAGGGAGCUACUAGAACGUAUUGCUGACUGUUGCAUGCGGCAAGGCAGUUAUCAUCUUGCUACAAAAAAAUACACCCAGGCUGGAAAUAAAGUAAAGGUAAGUGCCUAGCAGGUUUCACAGAUCAAAAUCCUUGCCAGAGUCACAAGACACAUGGCCAUGGUUUCUUGUAGGUAGGAGACAACCAAAUAGGUGAAAAUGUUGAAACAUCAGUCUGUGGGUAGGUUUACCAUGUCCUAGUUAUCGUUGGAGAAUCAGGAAGCUACUAUAUUCACUCAUACAAGACCUUUCCAAAUAUUUUGAAAAAAUUAUUAAGCACUGAAAUACUCCUUCUCCAGGCAAUGAGAUCCUUACUGAAAUCAGGAGACACAGAGAAAAUAGUUUUCUUUGCUGGGGUAUCGCGACAAAGGGAAAUCUACAUCAUGGCAGCCAACUACCUGCAGUCACUGGACUGGCGCAAAGACCCAGACAUCUUGAAGAAUAUCAUCACCUUCUAUAAUAAGGGAAGGGCACUGGAUCUCUUAGCUGGCUUCUAUGAUGCUUGCGCUCAGGUGAGUGUUACAUUGUUGGGAUUGUUUCUCCCAUGCCGUUGACAAGCAGAACUCCUAAAAGUGUCUACUUCUCCUCCCAAAGUCCCCCUGUCUUAUCUUUAGCUACUUUCACUGUUUAUAAUGAUUUCUCCAAACCCUUUCAGUAGAUUUUGAUUGGUUUCGAUCACUUGUAUUGGGUGGGCGAGCAAAGCCGCAAAGGAAGGAAUGGGGGCAGAACUGUUUGGUUUUUGUUGUCUAAUCCUUAUAAGACCAUUAAAAAAAAAAGUAAUCUAAACAAAUAUAGGUGGUAAGCCCUACACGUACCAGGAGAUCUAAUAAGAAGUGAAAAUGGAAAGCAAUAUAAAAGUACAAGGAAUAAUAGGUGCAGAGGAAAUGGAUAGGUGUCCAAGGCAAAAAAAGAAAUAGAAUCAAUAUAAGAAUUAAGAAAUAAAAUUGGAGAUAAAGAAUAAUAAUAAAUAAUAAUAAAUACAAUAAAUGAAUAUAGAAAGGACAUAAAUCUAUAUAGAAAUAUAGAUAAAAGCAACAGUAAGAAUAAGCGUAUAGAACAAGAGGGAAAUCAGAAGGAAUGUAUAAGAGACUGUGAAAAUGCUAGGAUGGAUAUAGAUGAAUAAAAACUCAAGCUGAAACAGGUGAGAGAACCGCACAAUGCAGCUAUAAAAUAGAUUCAAUAGAUAAGUAUAAGAAAAAGGUACAAUACUGGGUGGUGAAUCAAAUAGUAAUGACAAUAGUAUUAAUGGCGGAAACAUACCGUAAAUGCCUGACCAUAACGUGCAAUAAUAAUCAAUAAAGUGAGAAUUAACACAAAAAACACAGUCAUCUAUGCAGUGGAUCAAUGUGGAAAUGAAUCUGUCCAAUAUGGGAUUUAGCAGCAAAAAUAUAAACAAAAGUCCGGUAUAGAGGUAAGCUUUCUACAGCUCAGAGUGCAAUAGUAGCAGAUGUAAAACUGUCCCAAUACAUAGAAAUCCUUAUGUUCAGCAAUGAGAUACAAUGUAACAGCUGGUAUGGACUGAAAGUAGCAGAAUAUUAAUAAGUACCUGCCAUACAGUAUCAGAAGCUGGAAUGAUAUAACCCAAAAUGGUAAACAGAGACUAAUAGAAGUUAGUCAUGCAGCAUCAACUGAGAAAUCACUACCUAGAUCACUGACAGAGAUCUAGAGUGUUUAGAUGUUCCCCUCAGGGAUCAGCAGGAUAUAGCAGGCACCCAUAUGUAAAUAAAAACUCCAAAAGGUCUGAGUCUUUAGGGAUAAACAGAAUCCGGGUACGCUGUUUCUCUCUUCACCUCUGGCCGGUCAAAAGGUAGAGGGAUGUGGAAAUGCCGGGAGUAUUGAUGUCUACUAUUUUCUCCACUUAUUAGGGCCAGUUUUUCUACCCAAGCCUAAUAUAUCUCCAUUAAAAAAAAGGUUUUAACAGAAAAAAAACGCCAUUUACUGACACUGAUUGAACAAAGCGUACACUCAGUAGUUGAAAAAAAUCGGUCAAAUGAUGGACACUGUGGCAUGAUGAAUUAAGGUGGAUCUUCUUCUUUAGAUGGAGAUUGAUGAGUAUCAGAACUACGAGAAAGCCCUGGGAGCUCUAACAGAGGCGUACAAGUGUCUGUCCAAGGCAAAGCUGAGAAGCCCUGAGGAGCAGGAGAGGAAACUCGCGGACAUGCAGAGAAAGAUUACUCUUGUAAAGAGAUUCAUCCAGGCACGCAGGUAAAGCAAUGCAUUUUUUUUAUACAUAAAUAUUAGACAUGUGCAUUCAAUUUCGGAGGAACUGAAAAAUUAUUUUAAAAUAUUGGUUUUCGUUAAUUUUGCCCAAGAACAAAUAUCCAUCGAUAAAUCCAACGAAUGGCCGUAUUGAACAUUGUACCAUUCGCACAUUCGUUGACCAGCUGCUGCUGCUUCUUUUUUGGGUACAUGAAUAUGUUCUCUAUUUUUUUUAAUGAACAAAUUUUUCCUGAUUUUCUGUUGAAACUGAAUUGAUAUUUUAACAAAUUGUGGCCAAAUUGAAAAGUAUUGACCCAAUGAAAACAAAAUUAUCUAAUAUGUUUACAUAAUAACUGUUCUCUCCUGUUCCAUUGGGUAGAAGAAACUAAGUUUGACUUAUUUCAUUAUUUUAUUCACUAAAGAGCCAAUUUUGUAGAAUUGACCAGAGAAUAUUAGGCCAAAGUAGCCAAAAUAUUCUAUUGCUGACCAAGCGAUGUUGAACAUAUAUUAUUACCAUGUUUCAGAAUGAGGUCUACUAAGCCCUAACCACAGAUCCAUUCUAAACGAAAAACAGAACAGCCUUCCGCUGAGUUCAGGAUAAAACGUCAGGGUAAAUAAAGUAGAAUAGAUAAUAGAAUAGUUAAGUUCCCAAACAGAAAGCACUUGUUGACGUUUUUGUCAGUUGUCUCCUCCAUUUUUGACAGUGGGUACAAUUCAUUAGUAACACAAACCUAUACUUUGAACCUCAGUCGAACCCAAGCCACUUUGAGCAUCUUCGCCAGCAGUCAAACUCCUUCACAAAGUCCAAAAUUAAAUCAGAUAUAAUGGCUGCUUUUAUAGAAAUUAAAGAAUAUAAUUAAUCUUUCUUCAGCUGUGUCCUUGUAUGUCUUUGUUAUUCUCUACUAAGCUGCUGAUUCCAGUCAUCUCGUUAACCUCUGUUAGGAAAAUCUCUUGUAACUGUGACAUGUCACUGGUCCUGAAAGAGUUAAUUGAGGAAUGCAUUGCUUCUAAAAUUGGGAGACCAAAAUUCCUCUUUAUGUCAAAAAAAUUUCAAAGCUAAAGGGCGGCUGUAAAAUGAAUGCUACCCUAGAAGGUGAUUGUGUGAAUGUGUGUUGCUUUUUUGUGUAGGCUAAUACAAUUAAAGUAUGUAUAUAGCCCAUAAUACAGGGCCCCUUAUAAAAUGGAGGAUUGCUCUUAGCACCUAAUGCAAACUGCUCACUGUCAGUUUAACUUGACCUUUGUGAUCUAGUAUGCUAUUGAACUAUUCACCUAAGAGGUAACAUUGGUUUCUGGUGCUUCUUUCUAAUACUGUCAGACAUAGAGCAACCUCUCUGUAUUAAAUGUUCAUUGUUCACAUAGGAUGUACUCCGCAGACAGCCAGGAAGCUGUCAAGCAGUUUGAGGUGCUGUUGGAUGAGCCAGAUCUAGACAGUGCAGUCCGCGUUGGUGAUGUCUAUAGGCUACUCGUGGAGCACUACGCACAGCAACAAGACUUCCAGAAGGUAUGUUGUAGAAGCAGAGGGUUCUGGGAGUAUAUGUUAUAUUUUAAUUAAUAAAGGUCACAGGUACCAAAAACUACUGUUCCUUAAAGCGAACACACCAUCCUAAAACUUGUACAUUGUGGACACAAUAUUAGUAACAAAUGCAUUAUGUAAAAGCUAUACCUCUCUUAAGCUUUAUUUUGCCUCCUCUAACAUGGAUGGUCAGCCCAGUGGAGACAUUUUAUUCAAAUAAUCUUGUUUCUGGACCUGAUAGAGACUUAUUUGAAUAUAGCUUCUCAGCUGGAAAAUGAAUUGAAUUCAGACCCCAACAGAUUCCAUUUUAGCUUCUGAAGGUCCAGUUAUUACACUUUGCUAUGAUCACAGACUGGUUCCAACCAGCUAACUUAAUUUUCACACCUGCAGAAAGAAAUUGAGUAACAGUCUUUGGUCCUUGAAGGGUUAACACGCCUGCUCUCACUGACAGGCGGUGUAACUCUGCUUACAGAUGAUAUAUAUGUAUCGUAUAACUGUGUUCAUUUAUAACAUUUCUUCAUUUAAUUAGGCGUAUCGUUCCCUGGAGGAAAUGCGAUCCAAGAUUCCCUCUGUCAACCUGACAUGUUAUGUAUCACAGAGUACUGUGGAGGCGGUACACCGCGCCCUAGCCAUACCACUCCCACGGCUCAGUGCACCCGAACAUAUCCGUCACAACAGCGUGGAGGACAGUGAGGAGGUGGAAGAGAUGCCAGAUAUUGGUUAUGAUGAUUAA